AUGCCACCAAGAGAAGCAAGAGGAAAUUCCAACCCAUCAUCUGGCUCUUCUCGAUACCACAGAUCAUUUAAGAAUACAUCGGAUAAUACCGAUGAACAACAACAUAAACCUUCAAGAGGGAAUUAUAGAGGGGGAUAUAGAGGAAACUCUCGUUCAAAUUCUUCUUCAAGAACAGAGGAAACAAAUGACACAAACACACAAAAAUCGACUUCUCACAGAGGAGGACACAAUACACAAAGAGGACCUUACAUACCAAGAAAUUCAGAGGAUUUAUCGGAAGGUUUACCUAAAACAAGAGUUAAGCCAUACAAACCUGGUUUUAUUAAAAAACAAAAAUCCGAAACACUUCCCAAUUUUCAAAUAGUAGCAAGAAAUGAUGAAGAUGAGGAAAGUUCACAAACAUCAAAUAGGACAAAAAAACAACCAUUUAAAAAACCGAAUCCAAAAGAUUUAGUUUGGGAAAGAUCUGCUGAAAGAGAUGAUGAGCAGGCUCCAAAACCUCCAAAACAAACUUUUCAAAAACAACCAUUUAAAAAACCGAACCCAAAAGAUUUGGUUUGGGAAAGGCCUGCUGAAAGAGAUGAUGAACAGAUUCCAAAACAAAAAUUAAAGAAACAACCAUUUAAAAAACCGAAUCCAAAAGAUUUGGACGAGGAGCAAAAUACUCAAAAACCACAUAGAAAGCAACCAUUUCAAAAACCAAAUCCAAAAGAUUUAGUUUGGGAAAGGCCUGCUGAAAGAGAUGAUGAACAGAUUCCAAAACAAACUUUCCAAAAACAACCAUUUAAAAAACCGAAUCCUAAAGAUUUGGUUUGGGAAAGACCUGUAGAUAAGGAUGAGCCAACUCUAACAAAUAGAAUUGCAAAAAAACAACCAUUUAAAAAACCAAAUCCAAAAGAUUUAGUUUGGGAAAGGCCUGCUGAGAGAGACGAUGAGCAGGCUCCAAAACAAACUUUUCAAAAACAACCAUUUAAAAAACCGAAUCCAAAAGAUUUGGUUUGGGAAAGGCCUGCUGAAAGAGAUGAUGAAGAAUCCGAACACUCUCAUACACCAUCUGGAAUUCACAAAUAUUUAGAUGAUUUAUCACAUGGCCCAAAUAUAUUUACCCUACCACAAGGAUUUUCUGGAUUUGGCUCUUACAGAGAUUCUAAUUUACCAGAUAAUAAUUUAUUCGAAAUUUCUAAACCAAAAAUUGUAAAUAUCAACGAGGAUGAAGAGGAUAAUAUAAUCAAAUCUGACGAGAAAGGGGUAUUAUUUGAGGAUGAAGAACAAGACGAAGAGUAUUAUGUAGAAAAAGACCAAACAGACAAUGAGCAAGAUGAAGAGGAUAAUCAUGACGAGGAAGAUCAAGAAGAAGACUAUAAUAAUUUUGUUAUUGAAAGAAAAUCUUCCUCAUCGUAUGAUGAAAACGACAGUGAAAGACAAAUCCUAACAAUUCCCCCUAAAACACAUGAAAAGAAUGAAAAGGACAUUAUCUACUCGAAACUGAAAACUAUGGAAUCAAAGACAAAAAUUUGGGAAAAAAGCUAUCCAAUCAAGGCUAACUCAAUUAUUGGUACAUGUCAGGACAAAUGCCCAAAACAAGAGAUUACCAACAGAGAAAAGGAUAACGAUCUCAGUUUAUUUGAAAAGACAGGAAAGAUCAUUAUAGACGAGCAUGGUAUUAAGAUGUACAAAGCAGAUCCUAAUGCUUGCGUGAAAAAGUAUGCCAGAUCUGCUGCAGCCGUUCAUGCUGAUCCUUCACUAAUUCGUCCUCCUCUAAUACUCAAGAAAACAUUGGAAUAUUUGACCCAUAAUAUUUUAGAACGUAAAGAAGAGUAUCAUACUAUAUAUUUUUUUAUUAGAGACAGAGCUAGAAGUAUUAUCCAAGACCUAACAAUACAAGACAUCAGAGAUGAACGAAGUGUAGACUUACAUGAAAUAAUUUCAAGGUUUCACAUAAUGAGUCAUCACUUACUAGCAGAUGUAGGAGAAGAAUUAUCAGAUCCUCAUCAAAAUCUUGAAUUAAUGAGCAAAUGGCUUAAAAGCUUACAGGAGCUCUAUUUUGAAUUAAGAUCUAAUGGAAUUGAAUGUCCAAAUGAGUCAGAGUUCACUGCUUACUAUAUACUUGUAAAGAUUACUUCAGAUCAAGAAGUUGCCAAGUGUUUGAGAAACCUUCCUUCCAAAGUCAGCAAGUCUCCAGAGGUAUUGUUCGCCCUUAAGGUUUACGGAGCAUUUUCUACUAAAAAUUAUGUACGAUAUUUUGAAUUGGUCAAGCAAGCAAGUUACCUAAGUGCAUGUCUAAUGCACAUGUAUUUUGCACAUAUCAGAGAAGAAGCUCUCAGAAUUAUGAAUACAGCAUUUAAUAUUAAGGUCACUGAUAUUUCCAAGGCUGGUAGAUAUCCAAUAUCUAAACUCGUAGAUAUUUUGGCAUUUGAAACUAAAGGAGAGUGCACAGAUUUUUGCAAAGCCCACGGUAUUUAUAUUGACGGGGAUGAUGUAUUAUUCAAAUACUCCACGUUCGUAACACCUGACAAGAAAAUCAAAUCAAAGAGGUCAUUGAGGUUGAUUGAAUCAAAGGUUGCUGGCAUUAGAUACUCUGAUCUUGUAAAUUUAAAUUUUCGGAUAGCUCCAGAACCUUCCAAAACACCGCCGAAAGAAUUAGAAACUAAAAUCAAUGAGUCACCUCAGAAAAUCGAGAUAAUCAAUCCACCAACUCAAGUGCAAAUAGUUCCUCCAGCUUCCCAACCAAAACCACCAACACCUGCUCUUAUUCAGAGUGCUAUUCCAAAGGAAGUAAUAAGAGAACCUGAAACAAAAAUACCAUUGGUAACUCAGCAACCACCAUCUAGGUAUGAUGUUCCACAUGUCAAUCCACCCUCCACUUUUGUUCCACCCAAACCAACUACACAAGAAAAUAGACCAAUCUUUCCUCCAAUUGUUUUUAGUCCUUCCCAGAUGCCACCUUUUAACAUAAUCAAGUCACCAAAUCCUCCAAUUCCACCUACUCUAAUUCAACCACAACCACCUGUAGCUUUUAAAACUCAAUCACAUAGAAACGAAAUUUCUAUUGAUCCCUUGAUUCCUCAAAUCCCAGUCUCCCCAAUUAAACCCCUAGGUCCGACUGAGGAGGAAACCAAAAAAGAACUGAAAAGCAAAUAUUUUUCAUUAUUGAAGAAAUAUGCAGAAAGGAAAAAGAGAAUUCGUGCAAGUAGGAAACAACACAUCAGCAAUGCAAUGGACUUUGUACUCCAAGAAAAUAUUAUGUCAGAUGAUUAUGAAGAAGAUCAAUCAAUGUGCAAAUAUUACAAACACAUAUUCAAGAAGAGAUAUCUCAGCCAAUUAUACCAACCUCUUGACUUGGCUUCUCUUAUCUUUAAUUCACCUGUUACUGACAAGAUUGAUACAUUUUUCAGCUUUUUUUGGAAACUAAUGAUAGUACCAGGAACAAACAGCACUCAUCUUAAUGAAUGGAUUGCGGCAAAAUUUUCUCGCCCAAAUAGUGAUGACUAUUUGUGUAAUUUUAUAGUAAACGGUAAGGACGUGGAUUCCCUACCAAGACCCAAGAAAAACACAGAACUACAUAUUUGUGCACGAACCCCCAAAGACUCAAGGUCAUGGAGAGGUACUUCCUCAAUAAUUUUCAUAUUGGAUAAUCCCAACAAUACCGAUUUACAGACAUAUUUCUCACUAGAAAAAAAGAGGUUACACCAACAUUUUUCAAAUUUAGGCUUAUUUAAUGAUACUCAUAUCCCUAUUCUAAUUCUCUUUGAUAAGAGCUGGUUUCACAAUAGCAGUGAAAAUAUGCUAAAGGAGCAUUUCCUUCACAUUAUCUAUGAAGAUUUUAAAUGCUUUUCAAAUGUGGAAUAUGUAGGCAUUAAUUUUACUCACCUACUAAACUUUCCCUCAUCAGAAGAAAUUGCUAUUUUAAAUCAAGUUUUAGAAAAUUACACCUUGUGGCUUGCAAAUAACUCCUCCGAUCCACCUCUUCUCCACACAUAUUCUAUUAGAGAUUUGAUAGAAGAAACAACUUUUUCACACAUUCGAAAAUUGUUGAUCGAUAUUGAUCCAAAUGCUAGAAAUGGUAUAACUGUUAAGGAUUUGAUACUUGUAUACAAUGAUGUGUGUGAAUCGCUAUCCCAUCAGACUAUUUCAGAGACUGAAAGAAUGAGAAAACUAAAUUGGCCAGCUCCAGAGUUUGAAAAGUAUUGCGAUUGGAACACAGAUGAAAAUGCAAUACUUCAAAAAGAGCUUUUAGGUCAAUUAUCAUUACCAACCAUUGAUCUAACUCUCUACAACUCUAAACAUAUUGUUGACAAUUUGUAUAGCUCAUGUAAGCAGUAUGUGACAACCCUGUAUACAAAACGUAAGAUUUAUCAUCCAGCCAUUUCCAGUCAAUCCAUCAAGCAGUUGGUUAAGGAACUUGUUAACGGUGGUGGAUAUGCUGCUAGUAUCAAAAUCUUUGAAAUGUUCAUUGAGAUACAUUUAACCUUGCUCUUUGAUAAGGAUCCACUUUAUAGUUUUGUUUUCACCACAGCAGAAUUCAAAAGUAUUGCCAAUUCAGUUUUGGAGAGGCUCAGAUAUAGCUCAAACCCAUUCAUCGAAUCGUCAUUAAGGGCUUCGUAUGGGUUAAAAAUGUCUCUCAAUUCAGACAAGACUAAUUUUGAGACUUUUAGAAAUCUUAAACGUAUUAUCAAAGAAUCCACUCAAGAAAAAAACCAAGAUUGUAAGAAGAGAAAACUUGUUACCUAUAUUGAUAUUAAUCAAUGUAUAGGGAUGCACACCCAAUUAUCAAACAAAAUUAGUGAGCAAAGAAGUCUAUUUUCUCAUCUCGAAUCAGCCCCAUCCGAUCUUAGUUACCACUCUAUUGUAGAUACAGAUAUGAGUGACACAGUAUCCACCAGUGACAGUUGUCAGUCCUGCAUUGAUUCCCUCAAAUUACUACAAGAAAAACUUGAAAUGUAUAGAAAGGGUAUUUAA